GUAUAUCAUUUCCACUUGCUUUUAUUUGAUCACACCUCUAUACAGUUUCCUUGUGAAGAAUGCUCAUUUGAAUACGAGGAAUGCUCAUUUGCAGAAGCUGAAUGCACAAUUAUCAUGAUACAUUUAGAUGUAUUAUACAGUUACUAGACAAUAACAAGGCUAGUUUGAAGUUUGGCAGCCUGAUGUUGUGAUUAACUGUGCUGCUCUUUCUGUCCCCCGUGCCUGUGAAGCUGACCCUAAAGCUGCCAUGGCUAUCAAUGUGCCCUAUCCUCUUGUCAAGUGGCUGUCCAGCUUUGAUGAGAACAAUACUUUUCUGAUCCAUUUAUCGACAGAUCAGGUCUAUGAGGGGACAAAAUCCUUUUACAAGGAAGGAGAUGAGACCGUCCCUGUGAAUGUUUAUGGAAAGUCAAAGGUGGCUGCAGAGAACUUCAUUUCUUCAAAUUGCUCAAACUUUGCAAUCCUAAGAAGCAGUAUCAUUUUUGGACCUCAGACUAUCUCUCCUCUUCCAAAGUCACUUCCAGUUCAAUGGAUUGAUAGUGUCCUUGCCAAUGGAGACAAGACAGAGUUUUUCCAUGAUGAGUUUCGUUGUCCUGUGUACGUUGGGGAUCUUGUAACCAUCAUACAAACAUUGACUAGCAAAUGGAUCUCAGAGGGUAAGCCAAUGCAAUUGCUUGUGAAUGUUGGUGGGCCAGAUAGGCUCUCUCGGGUUCAGAUGGCGGAAGCUGUUGCAGAAAUCAGAGGUUAUAACGUGCCAAUCAGGCCAGUUUCUUCGUCAUCGGUCGACCGUGGUGUGAAGUCCCCAGCAGAUAUAUCAAUGGAUAUUACUAAGCUAAUCCAGACACUUGGAUUCUCACCAACAGGGUUUAAAGCUGGUGUUAAACUGACGCUGGAAGCUGAAGAUGGUUCCAGACACCGGUAAAAUCACACUAUCUUUUCUUCCUUCCAUUCAUCAUCUAUUUAAUCAAAGUAGUAACAGUCUACUUUCUUUAGUAGCUCCUGAAAAUGGUGCUAAUAUAAGGUAUUGUAGUGUUUCUAUGUUGUGCCUGUUUUGACUCAACACACAGAUUAAGAAAGUAAAAAUCGGUCAGUUGAAAUUAAUGCGGAGAAAAGAAAAAUGAUUUGAAUCACAUAAUGCUUGUUAUAACUGCACAAAUGCAUAAGAAAUUGAUACGGAUAAAGAAAAGAGCACGCACAACAUAAUGGAUUUUGAGAGAAACAAGAAAAGAGAAAUAUGAAU